AAAACAUUCCGGUUAACUGGCCAUUUCUGUAAACAACAGGUAUUAUUCUUCAUCUCCUCAAUGGCUUGGCGGCAACCCGACUGGCUUUUCUCUCUCUAACGAUGAUCAUAACUAAUGUAGACAGUAGACCAUUAAAUUUAAAACCACCUUUGCCAUAAAGAUGAUCAGCAGACAUGGAUUUAGACUACUGAGAAGCUUCCAUUCUCUCUUCAGCCCAUCAACUGAUCACCAACACCCGCUUCUUGCUUCCUGUAAACACCUCAAUUCUCUCCUUCAAGUUCAUGCUCACUUCAUUACCUCAGGCCUCGAGAUCACUUGCAGCACCAAAUCGCACCUCAUAAACCUCUAUGCUUCAUUCGGAAGAUGCGAUUUGUCGCGGUUAAUUUUCGACUCUGUGCAAAAUGCUCCCGGGAUUUUAUGGAAUUCGAUGAUCAGAGCAUACAACACAACCAACCAGUAUCCAGAAGCUAUCCAGCUGUUCGAUUUAAUGAUGGAGAGGGGAUUUCAGCCAGACAAGUAUACGUUCACAUUUGCGCUGAAAGCUUGCACUGAGAUGCUGGAUUUGGAAAGGGGACUUCGUAUUCAUAAUGAUAUAUCUAGGAGGAAUCUUGAAUGUGAUGUUUUUAUUGGAACUGGACUUGUUACACUCUAUUGCAAAACGAGCGAUUUAAAGACUGCCAGGAAAGUGUUCGAUGAAAUGCCCAAAAAGGAUGUUGUUGCUUGGAAUGCAAUGAUUUCAGGGCUUUCUCAUAGUUCAGAGCACUCCCAUGCGUUAGAUCUUUUCAGGUACAUGCAGUUUAGUUGUAGAGUUGAGCCUAAUUCGGUGAGCUUAUUGAACUUGUUUCCAGCAAUUUGCAAGUUAAAGGAUAUGAAGAUUUGCAAGCCCAUCCAUGCAUUUGCUUAUAGGAGGGAAUGUCCCAUUUCUGUCUAUAAUGGGUUAAUUGAUACAUACUCAAAAUGCGGAUACUCCAGUGUAGCUCAUCAAAUUUUUAUUCAGAUGAGAGUGAAAGAUGAUGUUUCAUGGGGUACAAUACUUUCUGGUCAUGCAUAUACUGGAAACUUUCAUGAAGUUCUAAACUUGUUUGGUUACAUGCAAACAGAAAAUGUGAAAAUCAACAAGGUAUCUGCUGUAAGUGCGCUAUUAGGAGCGGGUGAGGUGCAGGAUCUUGAUAAAGGUAAGGAGAUUCAUGAUUACAUAAUCCAAGAGAGGAUGGAUUCAGACGUUAUGGUUGCAACUUCUCUUAUGACGAUGUAUGCAAAGUGUGGAGAAUUGGAGAAGACUAAAGAAUUGUUUGGGGAGAUACACGAAAGGGAUUUAAUUGCAUGGUCUGCGGUCAUAUCGGCAUUUGCCCAGUCCGGACAUCCAAAUGAAGCACUCUCAGUGUUCCGAGACAUGCAACAUGAGAACUUACCUCCCAAUAAUGUGACCCUAGUAAGCGUUCUACCCGCUUGCGGCGAACUAAUGUCCAAAUUAACAGGUAAAUCCAUUCAUUGCUAUGCAGUUAAAACAGAUACUGAUUAUGAUCUUUCAACCGGAACUGCUUUGGUUUCCAUGUAUGCCAAGUGUCUUUUAUUUCCUUAUGCUCUUGGUGUCUUUAGUAAGAUGCCAUAUAAAGAGGUGGUGACAUGGAACGCUUUGAUAAAUGGAUACUCACAGGCCGGUAGGUCCCACGAUGCACUUGAGAUGUUUUCGAUGAUGAGGAUAUCCAGGCUACAACCAGAUCCUGGAACCAUGGUGGGCGUCCUCCCUGCUUGCACUGUUCUGGGUGACAUCCAUCACGGAACUUACAUCCACAGUCAAGUUAUCAAAUACGGGCAUGGGUCGGACCGCCAUGUGGCGAACGCUCUCAUUGACUUCUAUUCCAAAUGUGGGGAACUCCCAUCUUCUGAAUUCCUGUUUAACAAUUCCUCUUUCCAUAAAGACGAAAUCUCAUGGAAUACCAUGAUUACUGGGUAUGUUCAGAAUGAAUGUGCCAAGAAAGCAAUAUCUACCUUCUCUGACAUGAUGAGACUAUCGCCUUUCCAGCCUAACAAUGUCACCAUUGCUACCAUCUUGCCAGCUGUUUCGUCUCUCACAUUGCUAAAAGAAGGAAUGGGGAUACACACGUACAUUAUCAAGAAAGGGUUUUUAUCCAAUACCCUUAUCAUAAAUAGCAUGAUCGACAUGUACGGAAAAUGUGGGCAACUCGACAUGUCUGUCCUGUUAUUCAACGAGAUGAAGAAUCGGGACACAGUUUCUUGGAACGUGAUGCUUGCCGCGUGUUCCGUGAACGGAAGCGCCGAAUUAGCUCUCUCGGUCUUCGCGUGCAUGGAAGAGGAGAAUGAGAUACAGAUCGAUUCUCUUUCCUUCAUUAGUAUAUUGUCUGCGUGCAGGCACGCAGGCAUGGUAGAGGAAGGCAAGAACAUGUUCUGGAACGUUAUGCAGAAGAAAUACCAACUCAGCCCAUGUGUGCAGCACUACGCGUGCAUGGUAGACUUGCUGGGCCGUGCCGGGUUAUUUGAUGAGACCAUGGAUUUGAUUAACAACAAAAUGCCUAUGGAACCCGAUGGUGCUGUUUGGGGAGCGCUGCUUGGUUCAGCUAGAAUGCAUUUUAACGUUGAGUUAGCCGAGGUGGCAUUAAAGAAUCUCAUGAAUCUUGAAGCAGGAAAUCCGGCUCAUUAUGUGGAGCUGUCGAACAUAUACUCACAAUCAGGCAGGUGGGUUGAUUCGGGGAAAGCAAGAGGUAGGAUGCAUUUCACUGGGUUGAAAAAGACUCCUGGGUGUAGUUGGGUGGAAGAAGGGAUGAUGAGUUGCUGUUAAGUGCAACUGUGAAAGAUGUAUAUGGCAUGCGGACUUCUGGAAGAAGAAGACAGAUAACGUUUCUUCGGGUUUGGCCAGGGGAUUCUGAUUUGAAGGUACAUCCCGCAGCUUCUUUGUAAGAAACACUAGAGAUGCACAGCAAUAACACCAACAAGAUUACAAGAACUCCACAGUUUUAUUGAGAAUGUAUAUAGCUACAAUGGCCGAAGCCCCCAAAGUAUAGAGCUAAAACUCUAUCUUCCCAGUUCUGACUAAACAGUCUAACAGCCUACUGGGAAAUCCCCCAGUCAAUUCUAUUUAUAGUAAGUGAACAACCACUUACGGUUAUUAGCUAAUAACAGAACAUAACUAAUAACUACCCCUCUCCCUCCUUCUAGAAUAGACUCUUCCAUAAUAUUUGUCUUCCUUGUUCGGCUGCAUUGAGUCUCUAACAUAACUCCCCCUUUGAAAAUCCAACUUGCCCUCAAGUUGGAAGGUAGGAAAUUGUUCUCUGAUCACCUGCUCUUUUUCCCAAGAAUCUUCAUAUUCAGGGAGGUCUUUCCAGUGCACCAAGACCUCCUUUUCCCCAUUCUGAUUGAACCUGACUUCCUUCACCCUCUCAGGGACCACCAUCAAUUCUCCUUCUUCAGUUAAACAUUUGGGAAGAUCCUGGUAGGAAGCUGUAGGAUGUAAUACUUUCUUCAGUAAAGAGAUGUGAAAGACUGGGUGAAUCUGGCUUUCUUCUGGCAGUUUUAGUUUAAAGGCUACAGCAUUUAUUUUCUCUAUGAUCUCAUAGGGGCCAUAAAAUCUGGGGCUUAAUUUCUGGUUAAUCCUUUUGGCCAAACUUUUCAUUUUAUAAGGUUGUAUCUUCAAAAAGACCUUAUCCCCCACUUUUAACUCCAAUUCCCUUCUAUUUUUGUCUGCCUGUUGCUUCAUUCUAUUUUGUGCUUGGGCCAAAUGAUCCUUCAAUUCCUUUAACAUAACAUUCCUUUCUGCAGUCAGUCUGGAUACCUCAGCCACAGAAGUCAGACUCACAUCUCCUCUGAUUAUUGUGGGAGGUUCUUGACCAAAUAAGGCUUGAUAUGGUGUGUGUUUCAAGGAUAUAUGAUAGUUAGUGUUAUACCAGAAUUCUGCCCAAGGUAACCACUUCACCCACUGUCUUGGUUUUCUGCCAGUCAUACAUCUUAGAUAGGUCUCCAAACACUUAUUGACCACCUCCGUUUGCCCAUCACUUUGAGGGUGGUAAGCAGUGCUAUACUUCAGUGUAGUACCAGCUGAUUUAAACAAUUCAGACCAAAAGGCAGAUAAGAAUAGACUAUCCCGGUCACUCACAAUGGAUUUAGGGAAUCCAUGUAUCUUUACCACCUCCUGUAUAAAGAUUUCAGCAACCCCUUUUGCAUUAUAAGGAUGAGUUAAAGGCAAGAAAUGUGCAAAUUUUGUCAUCCUAUCAACCACUACCAAAAUGGUAUCCUUCCCCAUGGAUUUAGGUAAGCCCCCAAUAAAAUCCAUACUAAUAUCCGACCAUAUAUGUUCUGGAAUGGGUAGGGGAUGCAGCAAACCUGCAGGUUUCAAUGUUUGAUGUUUGUUUCUUUGGCAAGUAUCACACCCCUGCACAUAGUCUUUUAUGUCAUUUCUCAUACCUGCCCAAUAGAAUAGACUGGAGAUCCUUUUCAUAGUUCUAAAAUACCCUGAGUGUCCUCCAAAGGCAGUUUCAUGGUAUUCCUUGAGGAUUCUGGGUAUUCUGUUAGACCCUUUAGGCAAAACCAGCUUCCCUUUAUAAAAGAGGAUCCCUCCUUUUAUCUGAUAAUCCUUCAUCAAAUCUGGCUGAGAUGUAAGCUUCUGUAGAAUUUCCUUACAUCUUAAAUCCUCCAACAGUUCUUCUUCCAAACCAGUCCACUCCUGACAUGAUACUACUGAUAAUGAUAAAAAAGCAGGCUUUCUAGACAGAGCAUCAGCUGCUUUAUUUUCCGCACCAGGUUUGUAUUUGAUAUCAAAAUUGUACCCCAAUAGCUUAGUGAUCCAUUUCUGUUGCUCAGGUCCCAUAAUCUUCUGCUCAGUCAAGUAUUUUAAGCUUCUCUGAUCUGAAUGCACUUCAAAUGUUCUUCCCAAAAGGUAGGGUCUCCAUUUUUGUACAGCCAAAACCACAGCCAUAAGCUCUUUUUCAUACACGGAUUUACUGUGAUGCUUAGGAGAAAGUUCCUUACUCAUGAAGGCAAUGGGCCUUCCUUCUUGCAUGAGUACAGCCCCUAACCCUUUUCCUGAAGCAUCAGUUUCAAUGAUGAACUUCUUGGUAAAAUCUGGAGUUGCAAGAACAGGUAAUGUAGUCAUAGCUUCUUUUAACUGGAUAAAAGCUUUGCUAGCCUCAGUUCCCCACUUGUAACUAUCCUUCUUCAACAGAUUGGUCAAAGGAGCUGCAAUUCUGCUAUACCCCUUUACAAACCGUCUAUAAUAACCAGUCAAACCCAGAAAUCCUCUCAACCCUUUGAUAUCUUGAGGUUCUGUCCAGCUCACCAUAGCCUCUAUCUUACUUGGGUCAGCAGAUACUCCUUCUCCAGAAAUUAUAUGACCCAAAUAUGACAAUUGACUCUGGCCAAAAGAACAUUUCUUCCGAUUGGCUACCAAUUUAUUUUCUUGUAAGGCUGUCAACACUUUUCUUAGAUGCUCUAUAUGAUCCUCUUUUGAUUUACUAUAAACCAAAAUGUCAUCAAAGAAAACUAAAGUAAAUUUUCUUAAGAAAGGUCUAAGAACUUCAUUCAUCAAUGCUUGAAAAGUUGAGGGAGCAUUCGUUAGCCCAAAAGGCAUUACAACAUACUCAUAAUGUCCCUCAUGUGUUCGAAAGGCUGUUUUAUGGGCAUCAGUUUUCUUCAUUCUUAUCUGAUGAUAUCCUGAUUUCAAAUCCAGUUUUGAGAACACUUUAGCUCCUCCUAACUCAUCUAAAAGUUCUUCUAUAACUGGUAUAGGAAACUUAUCUGGAAUAGUCACCUUAUUUAAUGCUCGAUAAUCACCACAAAAUCUCCACCCACCAUCUUUUUUCUUGGCCAAUAGUAUGGGGCUGCUGUAAGGGCUGUUACUGUGUUUGAUAAUCCCAGAAGAAAGCAUUUCUUGUAUAAUCUUUUCAAUUUCAUUUUUUUGAUCAUAAGUAUACCUGUAUGGCCGCAGAUUAGGUAUACUGGCUCCCUCUAUAAUAUUUAUGGCAUGGUCACAUGGUCUUUCUGGAGGUAAAUCCCACACUGAUUUGAAGACUUCAGGAAACUCACCAAUUAUAUUGUUCCAGGUUUCAUCCUCCUCUAGAUUGGACUGAGAAUUCUGCUCUUUACCUUCACAAAGCAACAAGUAGCCAUCUCCUGUAUUCUGCAAAAUGUGAGUGAUAGACUUCAAUGAAACUUCCAUCUGAUUCAGGGCUAUAUCUCCCUUGAUAGUAUACACCUGGUCCUGUCUUCUCCAUUUAAGAAUUUGAUUCUGGAAGUUGACUUCCAUAUCCCCAAGAUCUGUUAACCACUCCAUUCCCAACACCAAAUCUAUUCCACCCAAGUCCAAAAUGUAGAAUUGCUGUACAAUCUGGUUGCCUUGUAUCUCCAAAGCUACCUCUUCACAUCUGCCAUUGUUGGGAAGAAAUUCCCCAUUCCCUAUCUGCACCUUGUAGCCUUUAAUACACCUAUAAGGUAUCUGCCAUGUGUUCACCAAUCUUUGAGAGAUGAAAUUGUGAGUAGCCCCACAAUCAAUCAGAAUAUUCACUUGUUGCUGAUGAUUUCCCCAUCUGAUGUUACCCAGAACCUUGAAAGUUUUCAUGGAUGGGAUCCCUUCCUGACUCAGGACAGAUAAUUUCAGUGUUUUAGCUUCCAUUUUUGUUUCUUCAUCCUCUCCUUCAUCACUAGAAGUCAUGUCAGAUUCUACUUCCCCUUCAGAUUGUUCAACCAACAUCAUUUUAAAGCUUUUCAUACUGCAAACAUGGCCUCGGUUCCAUCUGUCCCCACAUUUAAAACAAAGUCCCUUUUUACUCCUUUCCAACAACUCAUUCUGUGACAAUCUAGGACCUAAUUUCUUAGAAAUAGAAUUAGAUCCCUCCUCCUGCCUCCUAUUAUCAACUGAAUCCUUCACUGAUGGAUUGGUAGAGGCCUGGUUGUAAGUUUUUCUACUGCCAUCUCCCCAAUGAUUGUAACCUUGUUUCCCAGCGUUGCUGCUCUUCCACACCUUCUUCCCUUCUUCCUUAUUUCUCCUAGACAGUAUUUCAAAAUUCUUAUUCUCAAUCAAUAGAGCUGUAUCCAUGAUUUCUGCCAAAUCUCUUGUACUGUAAAGCUUCAAUUCAGCUCUAAUGUCCUUCUUCAAGCCAUUUAAGAAAAUACCUCUUGUAACCUUCUCGCUUAGAUCGCCUUGAGAUGCUAUAGCCAUCUCAAAUUGUUCUCGGAACUCCUUCACAGUUCCCUUUUGCUUUAGACCUAAUAGAGGUCCCAACGGAUUACGUACCAACUCUGGUUGGAAUCUUCGCGUUAGAGCUUCCUGCAUAGCGUCCCAAUUCCUUUCUCUCGUCUGAUUCUCCCACCACUGAAACCAACUCAGUGCGCGGUCUUCCAUAGCAACCACCGCAACAUCCAACUUCUCGUCUUCCUCAAUCUGAUUGAGACGAAAAUAUCUGUCGAUUCUAACCAACCAACCGUAGGCAUCAUCUCCAUUAAACAAUGGCAAAUCGAUCUUCCUUCCUGUUCGGCGACGAGGAUGGUGUUCCCUGUGAUGUCUGUGAUUACGGUGUGAUGAAUGAUCUGAGUCUCCCUCCGAUACGUCAUCAUUCUCUGAAUGGCGUGAUCGAUGACGGUGAGAAGUGCGAUGCGAAGCUGAGGAGGCCUGCGACCUACUUCGCGCACGACCUGGAAGGCGACUUUGGAUAUCCGCGAGACUCGCCUGCAUAGCUACCAUCAUCGUCUCCAGUGUAUCUUGCCUUGCCGCUGAUUCUCUCUGAUUCCUGGCCAUAUCAGUAAAGUUUCUCUCCAUGUCUGUCAUUCUUCCGUCCAUCUUAGCACGAGUAUAUCUCAUCCAGAGAUCGUCGUGCUCUGAUACCACUGUAAGAAACACUAGAGAUGCACAGCAAUAACACCAACAAGAUUACAAGAACUCCACAGUUUUAUUGAGAAUGUAUAUAGCUACAAUGGCCGAAGCCCCCAAAGUAUAGAGCUAAAACUCUAUCUUCCCAGUUCUGACUAAACAGUCUAACAGCCUACUGGGAAAUCCCCCAGUCAAUUCUAUUUAUAGUAAGUGAACAACCACUUACGGUUAUUAGCUAAUAACAGAACAUAACUAAUAACUACCCCUCUCCCUCCUUCUAGAAUAGACUCUUCCAUAAUAUUUGUCUUCCUUGUUCGGCUGCAUUGAGUCUCUAACAUUCUUCAACUUAUUUCCUUUGCACCGUUAGUCUCAUAUCUAAAAAUUAAUAUUUCUUUGUUGAUCUUUGGAGUAUAGAAGUUAAGGUGUUUCUAUAAAUUAGUUUUCAGCUAUCAAUAGCUUUUGUUGAAGUAGAAAAGAUCUUCUAAAUAUGUAGGUAAAACACGCAGGUACAGUCAUGUACCAGUUUAUAAGACUUCAUAGUAUAUGUUCGAAUGGUGAAUUUGAACUUAUAGUACGAAGCCAUCUUUAGCUCCAAGGUAUGUUCUCUAUUUUUAUUAAAUAUUUAAAUGUAGUUUUCUUUUAAAUCCGAGCCUGGAUUCUUUAUGAACUCUGGCAACCAUCCCAAUUCCCAAUGUAGAACAGUCUGUCUCUGAUCAGCCUCCGAGCAGCUCGGCCAAAAUUAAUCCCAGGAAAAGAAAAACUAGCUCAGGGAGAAAAUCCGAGGAAGAUGGCAAGGCACGAAUUGAAGGGGUCCAAGCGGUUAUUCAAAUGCAAAACCAUCUAAAGAAACAGAGGUGUCUAGGAGUGGCUAGAAUGAUAAUAUGGUGUUCAAGCAGCAGUUGAACUGAAUGGGAAUAAUAGUCAGAAGAGUAAAGAUAAUGUAGGAAAUGGUGGAGAGGUUUUAAGGAGUCAUAUAUGACUUCCCUAUGGAGUCAUAUGGCUUAGGUGGGCGUCACCAUCACCACACAUUUUUUAGUGGGGUUCUCCACUAAAAAAUGUAUUGUGAUGAAUCUGUUGGUGAUGCCACAUAGGGUAUAUGACUCCAUGGAAGGAGUCAUGUGUGGCUCUUUAAAAUUUUUGGGAAAUGGUGAGCCAAAUCAGAAGCUUUCUGAGAAAUCAAAGGACUAUAUUCAUGUUAGAGCAAGAGGGGGGCAAGCUACGUACUGAUAGCCAUAGUCUUGCAGAAAGAGGAAUCCAAAAACACUUUGUGUCUCUUGCUGGAAACAAAGGAAAUCUGUAAGCCCAAAGUCUCCAGAACCAAAUGAAAGCAGUACAUUCAGAAACCAUCCUCCCCUCUUACGGCCAGCCCACCUUGCUGGAGAAGAGUUCAAAACAUCAGCCGGAAAACCUGUUAAGCGUGCGCCUAUCGCCGGAAAGAAUCAGAUCCGCAACACCAACAAAAACAGAGAACCUUCUUCCAGACCAAGACCAAAGCCGGAAGGAUAACACCGGGGAAACCGGCAGACCACGAACAGUGAACACUGGAGAAGAAGCAAAUGACCCAGACGGACAAAAUCGACCAGGUGGUGGUGAUGCAGACCUCAUCCGUUCCUUCUUGUUUGCAAAUCCAUCGAAAUCUGGGAGGCAAUGUUUUACUAGGUACAGACUUGGGCUAUUGAUGUUCCAAUCCAUCACAUGGUUCAGCGUUUUGGCAUCUUCUUCAACAAGUGGCUAGAAGUUCUGUACCAUUGGUUGUGUUUAAACCCAAACUUUAAUUUGAAGAAGUUACCAAAUGGUUUUUAGGCUGGAAGGAAAUCUGACCUCCUGAAGUUUUUUGCGAAUAAACAUAUACGGGAUAGGAUCAAUGUUGCUCUGGGUAUGAUGAACCAGGCAGCUGAAGGUUUGGAAGUGAUACAGCCAAGUUUAAGAGAGCUUAUAAGUUAUCUCAGAGUGCUGGAACAAAGGCAGUUUGAGGAUAAAUGGUCUCCGAUGUCUCUUGAAGUCUUGAACAACUUUUGGAGUUAAAAUGCUGUGUUUACACAUGUUAUUUAUAUAUAUAUAUUACGCUUUUCUUUGUAAACUCAUUUUUGAAUUGAUAUCAGAAUAUCAAAAGCUUAUCUUUACUUUCUUUGUAAGCACACAAGGAACUACGUAUACGUUUCUCGGUUUAUGUUAUUUUAUCGAUAGUGCGGUUGUCCCUUAUGAUAUGGUACAAGGAGUAAUAAAGAGAAACAAGAUACUUUCUGAGUU